AAUCAUCUCUUUCUCUGGCCUCUCCACAGCAACAGCUCAUACAGAAAAGAAAAAAAAUCAGAUAUUUUUUUUUCUUUUUUGUUCUCUGUAAUGUUCAGUGGGUAAUGAAAAAAUAAGAGAAGAAGAUGGAAUCCGAGAAAAGAUCAUCGCAUAGAAGUGGUAGUGAAUACUUCAUAUGUUUUACAGCAAGAAAUUCAUCUUCCAUGAAAAUAUCUUCAAAAUCAAUUCAAAGUCCAGGAAGACACAGUGGAAAAUUUGGAGAAUCUUCAGCUUCAUUAUCUUCUUCAUUAAGCAGAAGGUUAAGAAGCAAUGGAAGUAUUAAGCGUUCACCAAUGUUUCCAACUGGAAGUCAGAAGAAAAAAGGUUCAUCUUUAGAAACAACAGCAGCAGAACCAUCUUCACCAAAAGUUACUUGUAUUGGCCAAGUUCGUGUCAAAACAAAGAAGCAAGGUCAAAAAUUUAGAAGAAGAUCAAAAAGAAAAGGGGAUUUAAGUUUUAGAAAAACGGAACAGAAUCAUCAACAGCCGCAAGAAUGUUUACCACAUAGAAAUCAAAGAUGGGUUCAUCUUACAUUAUCAAUUUGUGAAGCCUUAAAAACCUUUGGGGCUGAGUUUAAUUGCUUAUUACCUUGUACUAAGUCUUAUUCAUGUUUAACAGGGGAAAAAUCUGAUCAGAAGAGAAAUGGAAGACAAACUACAGAAAGGAAUAAUAGUUCUUGUAGAGAAGUUUUUGCAAAUUGGGUUAUGACUGGUUUGCAUGAAAAUGAUCAGAAUGAGAUGAAUAUGGAUAAUAAUGAUAAUGAGAUGGAGUUAGUGGUGAGCAGAAGAGAAGAUGAAAUGAGAAGAGUGAAACGAGAAGAAAUGAUCGGUGAAAUUGAGAUGCAGAUCUUAGAAGAGAAAAGGGUAAGUAUAUGUAGGAGUGAGGUUGAACAAGGAGAAGAGGGACGGGUUAGUAUUUGCAUUCCACCUAAAAAUGCUCUGUUAUUGAUGCGAUGCAGAUCUGAGCCUUUUAGAAAUUCUGCUCUUGCUAAUCGUUUCUGGGAAUCUCCUAUAAGAAAUAAAGAAGAAGAAAAUUAUCUACAAAGAGAAGCAGUAAUAGUAGCCGAAGAAGUUGAUACAGAUGAUCGUGAAAGUGGUGAUGAAGAAGAAGAAGUGGAAGAUGAUACGGGUGAUGAAAAUGAACUGAAAUCAGAAUUAGAAGAAGAGAAUUUCUGUAAAACCCCAGAAAAGGAAGAAAAUGCAGACAUUUCGUUAGACGAACAUCAUGAAAAGGAAAAUCAAGAUAUUGAAGAAGAAGAAAUACACGUCAUAGUUGCAGAAGAAAAGGUAAUUGAUAAUGGUUGUUCUGCUAUUGAACCACUCGUUGAAGUAGAUAUUCUUAAAAUAGAGGAAUGCGAAGAAGAGCCCAUAAUUCAGGUGAAAGAACAAGAACUGAUGCUGGAAUUGAGUGAAGAAAGAAUAGAGAGUAGAAGACCAAGUAUUUCUUCCGGAAGAGUUAGUUUUUCUUCAUGUACAAAAUCUAUCCACGAGGAAGAAGAAACAGAGCAAUGCCCAGAACAAGUGAAAAUGGCAGUUUUUGAAGAAACGGUCAAAGAAGACAAAGUUGCGGAACCAAGAAUUUCUGUUGAAAAGAGAGAAACCAUGGAAAUCAACAAACAGGGAGAUGAAGAACUAGCAGAAGAAUUGAAGUCAAAGGAGAGAGAAAAGGGUGAUCAUGAAUUACCAGAUUGUUUAUUAUUAAUGAUGUGUGAACCAAAAUUAUCAAUGGAGGUUUCAAAAGAAACGUGGGUUUGUAGCACUGAUUUCAUCAGAUUUCGACCGGAAAGAAAACUCAUUCAAAACAAUGGUGGAGAUAAUGAUCAUUCAAAAAAACGAAACAGUACUGAUUCAAAGGGUAGACUCAGUACCGAUUCAAAGAGUCGACUCAGUACUGAUUCUAAUCCUAGUAAUGGUCGUCCACCACUGCAUGGUAAACAUCAAAAACCACCAACACCACCGAGAAGAUCUAUCUCUAAACCGCCGCCGCCGCCACCACCUGCUGAAGUUGCGCCACCUAUUGAACACUCUACAUCACCAUCAUCAAUGGCGACAAUGAUAGAGCAGAAAUUUGUCCACGCUGUAGCGUACGAACCGUUCGUACUGACAAGGUGCAAGUCCGAGCCAUUGAAAUCUUCAGCUAAGUUAGCUCCAGAAGCUUGUUUCUGGAAAAGUAUGAAGCUUGAACCUCACACUCAAGGUCCUCCGAAUCUUGGCGUUGGCGCAGCUACUGGUAUCGGCUUCUAAUAGAUUAUGGCUAAUUCAGAGCCGAGUAGAAAUGUGAUACUCUACUUGUACGGUUUUCUCUCCUUCCUUGAUAUUGAUGAAGCCCUGUUUCGUGCGGAGGAUUGGAAAGAGGAUGAGAGAUUUUUAGGGUUUUGAGGUAUUCAUGUUUUUUUUGACAGUGGAAUUUGUGUACAUCCUUCUUUAAUGGUUUUUAGUCAGAAAAAAAAUAUUCAGAAUUGGGUUUGAGUUUAUUAACACAGUAAGUGUUUGUUAAUCUGAAAUUGUGUUUAUUAUCACACUUGUGUUCAAGUCCACAAUUUAUGUUAAAUGAAAUUUAAGGUUCUGUUUGA